AUGUCCAACACCCAUUCUGCAUCUAUAGAAGCCCGUCUUGAGACGCCAGGGAGCACAUGUGUUUUAACGUACGAGCGCCUGAACACCGAGGCUAUCAUCGGGUCUGUAGGAGACGAUGCGUCGGGCGCGACUGCGGUCUUCAUUGGCACGACACGUAAUUCUUUCAAAGGGAAGGUGGUCACCAAGCUUGAAUAUCAGGCGUACAGCAAGCUCGCGGUCCGAACAAUGUUGGACAUCAUCAACCAAGCUCGACUGUCCACAACCCACUCGUCCCAUCAUCCCACGUCUGAAAGUGUGCAAUCCUUGAUCCAUUGUGUCAUCUACCAUCGGUUGGGUACUGUACCAGUCGGCGAGCCUUCCAUCGUCAUUGCGGUGUCCUCACCUCACCGGCGGGAAGCAUUCGCCGCCUGCGAACAGAUACUCGAGGGCGUCAAGGCCAGAGCUCAGAUUUGGAAGAGGGAGUUCUACGAGGGAGAAAGCUCAGAAGAGGCGGAAUGGAAGACAAACGUCUAG